AUGUCCACGGUGCCUUUACUCACGAUGGCCGCCUCCACAGCGUUACCAGCAAUGCCAGAGAAGACAGUGCGGCGGAGCGAAGACAGCACACGACUAUCCUCUGAAGACGAGCGAAGAAGGCUCAUCCGCAACUCGUUCCAGUCGGGAAAGCCGAUGCACAGUGCACCAGUCAAGCCAAGCAUUGUCAACAAGAACCCAACGCCGGAGCCACUCAGACCUCACUCCUCCACUCCCUCAGCGCGCCAAGCCUCACAAUGGCAACCACCACCCGCAUCAUCAACCGGAGAUCUCGGACUCGCAGCAGAGAUAGGUUCUUGCAACUAUUCGCCCAAUCAUUCCUCCAUGACAGUUGGCCAGCGACCGACCCAUACUCGCAACGCCUCGGGCGAUUACGCCCACCUCAACGACCAAGGUGCCACAUCUUCACCGAAUAAAGACCCUGAUUCCCAAAGCGUCUUCGGCGGCAGACCGCGCCAGCGUGCUUCAGCCUGGUCACAAGACAACACCUCCAUCCGCACCACACUGCCGAAAUACACCCCCCUCGCCAAUGGACGCCCACCACCCGGCCGUCCACAAUCGAUACUCUCCUCCCGUCAGAACCCAUGGGACGUCUACGACCCUGACCUCGAGCGACCCUCCAGCAACGCCGGCGCCUACGAUCCUGUCUCCGGCACACCCUCCAAGUCCAAACCGCGCAAGCGAGGCGCCUCCUUCUACAUCGUGCGUGAUUCUGGCGGAGGAGGCGAUGGGCCACCUGAUGAAUUUCUCCGCCUCCCGUUCACUGAUUGGAUGCACAACAGUCUGAAGAACCACUUCGUCGCAUUUCUAGGAGAGUUCGUGGGGACGUGUAUGUUUCUGUGGUUUGCGUUUGCCGGUACGAUCGUUGCGAAUAUCGGAGCGAGGAAGAGUGCGGAGGACUCGACUACGAGUGAGACGGUGGGGUUCUCGCCAAUUGUGAACCUAUAUGUUGCUGUGAGCUUCGGAUUCAGUCUGUUGGUCAAUGUGUGGGUAUUCUUUCGAGUCAGUGGGGCGCUCUUCAAUCCUGCUGUUACGCUCGGCAUGGUCAUGACGAAGAGCAUUGGCUACACCAGAGGAUUUCUGCUCUUCAUAGCUCAGCUGCUGGGCGCGAUCUUUGCCUCGUUGCUGGUCAAAGUCAUGUUCCCAACGAACUUCAACGUACAGACGACUCUGUCAGACGACACCUCUGUGGCGCAGGGGGUCUUCAUCGAGAUGGUGUUGACCGCGGAGCUCGUCUUCACAGUCUUCAUGCUGGCCAAGGAGAAGCACAAGGCAACAUACAUGGCGCCCAUCGGUAUCGGCAUGGCGCUGUUUAUUGCAGAGAUUGUGGGAGUGUUCUUCACAGGCGGUAGCCUGAAUCCGGCUAGAAGCUUCGGACCUUGCGUUGUUGCAGGCAGUUUUGGUAGCGAGCAUUGGGUCUAUUGGGUUGGCCCAUGCUGCGGCACCCUGGUCGCGUAUGCCUUCUACCGCUUCAUCAAGAUCCUCGAGUAUGAGAUGGCUAACCCUGGCCAAGAUCAUAAUGAGCGAGAAGCUGAGCAAGCUGCAUCGAUGAAGCGUGCUGAAUCAUUCGCUUAG